CUCCUUCCUCUCUCUCUCUCUCUCUCUCUCUUCCCCUCGUCUUCCCUAAACCCUUUCCAUCUCAAGCUUCCUCCUCGAAAUCCAUCGAAUAAUACGAGCAAGCCAAAAGAAUUCGGUAAUUAUUCCCAUUGGCAUUCGGUAAUUACCAGAAUUCCCUUUCAUUUUGUUCAUGGAUGAAUCCGAGGACCGUGAUAACGAGCCCAAGGACUGCGACAGGCGGUCAGCGGCGACGGGAGAGGCGAGGAGCACCACGAGCGUCCACGUGACGGCGCUGGACGGGCUGGUGAACGUGAACUCGCUCUUCACCAUCGCCGUCUUCGUGGGGCUCUCCCUUACCUCCCCGGGACAGCGGAGCCUCGAGGGCAAUCCCGCCUGCGACGCCGGCCCGGACAUCGUCCGCAACCUCCUGGUGUUCGAGGUGGUCUCCUUCAGCUUCUUCCUCUUCUCCAGCCUCGUGGCCCAGGGCCUCAAGCUCGCCAUCAAUCUGCUCAACAGCAACGACGUGGACGAGUCCUUCCGGGCGCACAUCAACGCGCGGGUGCUCCGCCUCGGCAUGCUCGCCUCGGCGGCGGGUUCGGUGAUUGGCUGCCUCUUCCUGCUGCUCUCCAUGAUCAACGUCAUCCAGAUCCGCCUGGGGUUGCUGUCCUGCGGCAGCACCGCCACCGGCCGGGCGGUGGCCGCGCUCGUCACGCUUGUCUCCACCGCCCUCGUCGUCUAUAUCUCCACCGUCUUCUAUGCCUUCACCCACUGAGUCGCCCUUCUGCAGCCUUCUACUUCGCGGCCAACCUGGGUUUCAUUCUUCUUUUUCACCUUCUAUUAUUUGAAUUGGAUUAAAAAAACAAAAACAAAACUGAAAAUUGUGAGUGGAUCAGACGAGAUCAUAUCGAAUGAUACGGCGGGAUAAGGUAGAAGAGCUUGUGAUCUGACCGAACUCGAGUUUGAAUCCAGGAUCUGGCGGUUGGAUUGAGAGAGUUGUUUGGGUUUGUGAUUCGUUUACUCCUCAGUCCUCACGAUG